AUGGAGUCAUUAAACCCAGAGUUGCCAGUGUCCAAGUCCCUGCAUAAUGUCUUGAUAGACCUCUCCCAACGCCCAUAUCCUCAUGUCCCAAACCCACCAUCUUGCAAGAAACGUGCCUCUGUGGCCCUGAUCCUUCGAGUUCGCCCGACGUACGGUCAUUCGCCGAGUUCUCCGCUCCCACCCCGAGACCAGGCCUCUUCCACGAAGGAGCGGUUGGAUAAUUUCUUCUCCCAGUCAUGGGUUCAACAUGGUGAUCCGGAAACUCUGUUUAUCAAACGAUCCUCGCGCGUGGGGGACCGUUGGAACGGCCAUGUCGCUCUUCCUGGAGGAAAGCGAGACCCCGAGGAUGCAGAUGACAAAGCUGCUGCGAUUAGGGAGGCGUCUGAGGAAAUCGGACUAGAUCUGACGACGGACGACUUUAUCUAUGUAGGAAACUUGCCAGAGCGAGUUGUCACUACAAGCUGGGGCACUGUACCAUUGAUGGUCCUUUGUCCUUUUAUUUUUCUGUCGACCAGUAGCGACUCUCCGACUCUAAACUUACAACCUACUGAGGUUGCUUCAACCCAUUGGGUGUCUCUCAGAGCUCUCUUAUCGUCAUCGUCCCGCACAAUAGAAUAUGUCGACAUGUCUCAGCGCUUCGCGAGAAGAGGAGGCUUCAUCACCCGUCUUGCAUGUCGGUCUAUCCUGGGAUUCAUGCAAUUCUGUGCAAUCCGGCUGAAACCGACCGAAAGUUUACAUUGCAGUACAAUCCCGGGAUUCGUCUCUGGGGAUGACCAAUCGCACGGUUUUAUAUCGCGGUGUAAAACGUGGUGCUUGGGAAAUCAAGCAGACUCGGGUGAUCAGAAUCGUCCUCUGCUGCUCUGGGGACUUACACUUGGCAUUUUAGCCGACUUCUUAGAUAUGCUGCCCCCUCACACUGCUGUGCAGCUGUGGAAAUACCCUACAUUUACCCCUCCAGAUUUGCGACUGAUCGUGAGCAUCCUGACCUACCAACUGCGUAAACGCAAUAUGCUCAAUGUCAAGUCGGGAAGGCGACCCAGCAAUACGGCAGUGGACAGCCAGACCGCUGCACUACCUGUUACGGAGGCAGCGGAUUCAAAGCAUAAUCACAACGAGGUGGGCAUCGGAGGACUUGGGGUUGGCAGAUAUUAUGGGCCUUCGGACGAAGGUCCGGAUGGAAGCUCAUAUGCAGUUGGCAUCAUGCUCCGGGGAUACUAUGAUCGGCUUCGGGUUGCCAUAUGCAUUUUCCUUGCAUGGCGAAUCGGUUUGGGGUCGAUGGCGGCAGUGUAUGCCUGGAGAUUUCUCCGACGUCGAUAG